AUGGAAAAGAUGAAGAGGGACUCUAGGCUUGAUUUCAAUCCCAGAUGCGCGGACCGAAUCGGCCACGGAGGUUUUGGUGAAGUCUUCAAAGAGCCGGGGACCCUCAUCGGUGUUGGGAGCCCAUGUGUCGCUGUGAAGCGUAUUUUCAAACGGCAGACCCCUUCCUUCGCCAUCGAGAGAGACAGCAUCGUCCGGGAGAUCAUCAUCGCAGCCGAGUUGAUGAAGGAGCAGAGUGAGCUCUUCGUGGAAUUUUUCGGGUGGAGUGAAGAUACACAUUAUGUCUACUUGGCCAUGGAAUACGUUGAACUAGGUGACCUAGAAGCAAGUCUUGGGUCACCAUGGAAUGAGGAUGAUACGAGGCUGGUGAUACGGCAACUUCUGGAGGGGCUAGUGAGAAUGCAUCGUCAACAUAUUGCUCACCGCGAUCUCAGGCCACAGAAUAUAUUCCUCGUUUCCCGAGAACCACCUCGUGCCAAGAUUGGCGAUUUUGGCAUCUCCAAGCGAGUGCCCGCAGAUAGUUCAACAAAAUAUGAUACGAAGUACAGUACUGGGGGAUACUGUGCUCCAGAGAUCACCAAGAACAAGAUGGGGAAAUAUACGAAAGCGGUGGAUCUAUGGUCUUUGGGAUGCAUUAUGUACAAGAUGGUCGUUGGGGAAAAGCUUUUCCAGGACGAUGUGCAUGCAGCGUAUGAAUAUGACGAUACCUAA